AUGCUGCACGGCCAAGAUGUCAUCAUCAAACUUGAACGCGACGCGUCUGCUCUUAAGGCGUUCAUCGUGACUCUCAGGCAAAGUGACGCUGAGAAACGUGAACAAUUGCUUUCAUCCGCUGUUGAUAAUAAUGGGAAUGUCAUCUUAUCAGAAUUAGUAAAGGACGCCCCUCCCAGACAAACCCAACAUUCUUCAAUUGGCUUUCCUUCUCAGCCCGCGAUUGUAUCCGACGACGAGCUGGACAUUGCCAAUUUUGUAUCUGUUGACGAUUCUGGUGAGACUAACAGCUUUGGUCCGUCAUCUGCAUUAUACAACCCAGCAAAGAACAGCCCCGACAAGAUCACGCAAUGUGACCCAGCAUGGAUUGAGAACGUCAAGAAUAGUCUGAUAGCAAAUGCUGCUCUUCAGAGGCAUCUGGAAUAUGGACUCAUGAAGCAUCCAACUAUCGCUGGGGUACAGACGGAGUUGGCAAUGCACUUGCUCAACCUUCACUGGGAUCGUCAACACCACACAUUCCUUCUUACCUACAGACCUGCUGUGAUGCGCGAUUUGCAAUGUUCGGGUCAGUAUUGUUCCACCUUUAUGCUCAACGCCAUCUUUGCCUGCUGCAGCAAGUUCUCGCCUCGUCCUGGGGUCAGAGAAGAUCCUGGAGAUCCAUCGAGUGCUGGUCUCCGAUUUUUUAAUCGGUGUGAUGAGCUUCUUGCACAAAACUCUCUUUUAAUGCGACCACACAUUACAACAAUCGUGGGACUUCUCCUGCUUGGCUCAACAUACAAUGCGCGUGGAGAGACAUCGAAAGGAUGGUUAUAUACUGGUUAUGCUCUACGGAUGGUAUAUGAUUUAGGUCUCCAUCUAGAUCCCAAACAGACAACAGAUCACUCAGAGGAUAUUGAAAUCAAGAGACGAGUGUUCUGGGGCGCCUUUGUCUGCGAUAAGCUCCAGAGCCUUUACUUGGGUCGACCUGUGGCUAUCAAUCUUUGCGACUCCCAAGUAUCACGCGAAUUUCUCGACCUAUAUGAAGAAACAGAGCCAUUUCAUCUUCCCAAUUCGACGGUAGAAUCUACUCCUAGCUUGCCUAGGAAUAUGGAUGACAUGGUUCCCAGGUAUUCAGUAUCGACUUUCCAACAAUUAUGCCUCUUGUCCAAGAUAAUGACGAAUAUCAUCAAUCGUUUCUACGUUGUCGGAGCCACAUUCUCAAACGCCCAGAACAGUCUCUUGAAAAUUGAGCAGGCGUUACAGAAGUGGCGAGAGGACUUGGCUCCCGAGCUCGACUUCCAGCCGUGGACUUCGACCAGGACCCAAGCUCAGACCCCAAAUAUUAUGGUCUUACACAAUCUGUAUUACUCUCUUAUCAUCUUGGUUCAUCGACCUUUUAUCUCAGACGGGCAUCUUCGCUCAACUGGAACGCCCUCUCGAUCAUGGGAGCAAUGCACAGUUGCAGCAAGAUGUAUUACAAGUAUAGCAUCCGUUUACAAGUCGACCUAUGAACUCACUGGAGCGCCUUAUGUUUUGGCAUAUGCAGUCUACGUUGCGUGCACUAUACACGUCCGCAACGCGGCUUCCCAAAGUCACAAGGAGGAGCAUCUAGAUCUGUUGAGGAGGAGUUUAGAAUGCUUGGAUGAACUUUGCAUUGCGAACCCUGGCGUUGCCAAGCCGGCCAAUAGUAUCAGGCGCCUUAUCGAAGCUAGUCGUCUCAACUUGACAGUUGGAGAAACUAACUCUGCCAUUGUAACUGAUAUUUCGCUCGACUUGGAUGCAAUUCACAAUUCAUUCAAUGCAACAGAGUGGCCCUAUCAAAAUUACGACAUGAGCACUGGGGAUGCAGACUACAGUUUGCCACUCGAUCCAUUGUUUGGCUGGAUCAAUGUACCAACGCCGUCGUUAGACCAAGACACACAACUGCCACUUAUCUAG